AUGUUAUGCUUGGAUAAAGAAGACGAAUUAAAAAUAUGUAAAAGAUACAAUAUAGAAAAUGAUAUAAAUUUGAAUAAGGUAAAAAAUAAUGUAAAUGAUAAUUGUUUAAAAGAUAUAAAUAAUUUAAUAGAUAUAGAUGAUGAAAUAAUUUAUAUUAAUACAAGUAUAUGUAAUUCAUUUAUAUAUAUUAUAUCAAAAUAUUGUUUUUAUAUAUUUGAUAAUAAAGAUUUUUCUUUUGUUACAUUAUUUGCUUUAAAAUAUGAUCAUGUGAAUAAUUUUGGAUAUCAUAACAAAGUAUUUUUAUCAAGUAUUGAUAAUACAAUAUAUAUUAUAAGUAAUAAUAAUAAAUAUGUAUAUGCAUAUAAUGUUGAGAAUAAAAAUGGUAUUGUUAUAUUAGAUUAUGAUAAAAGAGCUCAUUCCCUUAACAUCAAUGAAAUUUCGGAGGAAGAUACAAGUGAAAGUGAAAAUGAAUAUUAUGAAUAUAUUACAUAUAUCAAAAAAACAUAUAAGAAGAAAAGAAAAUUACAAAAAAAUAUUACCAUAAAACUUAUUACUAUGUUAUAUUUACCUAUAUCAUCCAACUGUUUGAUGAUUACUAAAAAUAAUAUUUUAUUUUUUUCACAAGAAACUGAUAAAAUUUUUAUAUCAGACAGUGUACAAAAUAUAUUAAGUAAAAAUGCACAAAAAAAAAAUAACCCUGACAAUAAAUUAAAUAAGCUAGUUAUUAAUACAAAAAUUGUUAGCUUGAAAAGUAUAACAUGUAAUACUAAUAUGAUGAAAAGUAAAGUUUAUAAAAAAGAGAACAAAUUAAAUUCAUGUAGGAAUAUAAAUGUUUUUAGUGAAGCUUCAAAAUUUAGAAAAGUAAAAACAAAAUCAUACACAGAUAAAAACAAAUUGUUAUUUAAAAAUAAUUCCAAAAAAAAUUACAUAAAUGAGACUUUAUGUGAUCCAAAUAUAAAUAAUAAAUUUUUAUGUCCUAAAAAUAUUUUUCAGUGCUAUAAUAAAAUAAAAAAUAAGGGAAAAAAAAAUUACAAAAAUGUUAAUGAUUUUAGAAUGAAACAUACUAAUAAGUACACAAAAAAAAAAACAAAUGACUUUAAUCCUUUAUAUUUAUAUAGUAUUAAUAAAGAAAGUCAUUUAUAUGAUUUCAUUCUUAAUUAUGAAUCUUCGGAUGAUGAAAAAAAAAAGAAAUAUAUAUGUGAGAAUGGUAUAAAUAUUCAAGGUAUUUCAAAAGUAGAAUUCAAUUUACAUAAUGAUUAUUUGUUAAUUUUAAGUGCUAAUGGAGAAUUAUAUAUUUUUUCUUUUUUUUAUAAAUUUUUUAAUUUUAAGAAGAAUAAAUGUUGUUAUUAUUAUGGUAAAAAGGUACACAAUCAAUAUUAUAAUUAUAGACAUUAUGAAAAAAAAAAAAAAAAGAAAAAAAAUAUAUAUAUAUCUGAUGAAAAUGAAUUUUUUACAAAUAUAAAUAAUAAUAAUAAUAAUAUGAACAAUUUGAGAAAUAAUCCUAAUGACGUUUUUUUUUUAAAAAAAAAAAGAAAAGAAAAAAAAAAAAAAAAUGUUAUUGGUUUAUAUAUUGGAUCUUCUAUUAUUGAUAUAUGUUACAAUGUUUUUAGAAAACUCAUAUUAGUUGUAACAGAUAAAUUAAUCAUAAAAGGAUAUAACACAUUUCCUUAUAUAUGUAAACAUACUUUUGAAAGGUCUAUUUUUCAUAUAGAUAUAUUUUUUAAUAAUUGUAUAAAUUUUUAUUCAUAUAAUUAUUUAUUAUGGAAUAAACAGCAAACGUUUUUUCUCGUAUCUCUCAGUAAAAAUAAUUAUUAUAUAUUUAAUACGAAUGGGACAUUAUAUUAUAGUAUGAGUUAUGAUACAAAAUCGAAUGAAGAAAAAAAUGAAGAAGGGCAACAUAUAAAAAAUGGGAACAUGCAAAAUAAUAAUAAUAAUAUAUCCAUUUCAUUUAAUAAAUGUGAAAAUAAAAAAUUAUCUACUAUAUAUGUAGAAAAUAAUAUAAAUGAUAAGGACAGACCAAAUAGCUUUAAUGAUUUAAUAAAGACCUUUUUAAAACAUGAUAAUAUACAAAGAUAUUAUAUAAAAAUAUCUUUUAUUUUUAAUGAUUUCAAAUUGUGUUAUAACAAAAUCAAAGACACUAACUAUUACUAUUUAAAUGUAAAGAAUAUUCUUUAUUUGAAUGAUACCUAUAGUACCAAUAAAGUUUUUAAUUAUAAUAGUAAUUAUUAUACAAAUAGUUUAUCCAAAAAAAUAUAUAUUGGUAUAAAUAAUAUUCAAAUAUUAGAUACCAAUGUUAAUAAUUAUAAUAUAAAUGAUCAUGAAAAAAAUAUCGUAAAAAUAAAACAAAUAGAUACACCUUUUAAAUUUAUUAAGAAAUGUUAUUGUAAUUUUAACAAUACUUAUAUGCUUAUUGUUUAUAAAUCAUUAUGUAUAUAUAAUAUACAAAAGAAAGUUUUUUCAUAUUUUGUUGAUGAUUAUAUGAAAUACUUUUAUCACAAUUAUCCAACUGGUUGGCUCUAUGACGAUGUCUUUUUUGUUACAUGCUUACAUAACAAAUAUGAUGAACAUAAUUUUAAACAUUUUAAAAAAAAAAAUGAUUAUAAUUUGUUUAAUGGUUCUAAUGUAAACAAUGAAAAAACAGAAAAUAAGGAAAGCGCCUACUUUGAAUUUUUGAAUAUAAAAUAUGAAGGUGAAGAAAACAUGGUUGAUCCAGUUGAAUAUAUUGAAAAGGAAAAAAUGGAUUAUGAUUAUAUAGAACAUAAUGAUGAUAAUAAAAAUGAAACCAAUAUAUAUAUUACAAAUAAGAAACAAGUUGAUAAUAAUAUAACUAACAAUGAUCAUGUACAUAUAUUACAAACAAAUUCAAAUAUUAUUGAAAAUACAAAAGGGGGAAAUGAUUCUAUAUAUGAAAGACAAAAUGAUUCUAAUUAUGAUAAAAAUAAUUAUUAUAAUAAAAACUAUAAUGUCGAAUUAAAAAUAAUGAAUUAUCUAUUCAAUUUUAAUCACAAUGAAACAGAUACCUAUUCAAAAUCUUUUGAAGAAUAUUUCAAUAUUAAUAAGAUUAAUAUAUAUACAAAACCGUUUUCAAUAUUUUACCAUAACUUAUUUUUAAGAAAAGAUAAUAAUGUGUUUCUAGCUUAUUUUAAUAAAAAAAAAAAAAUUUAUAAUAAAAAGGAAAAGAACAAAACAAAUAGGUUUGAAAAAGAUGAUGAUCAAAGGAAAAGUAUAAAUGACGAAUGCAUAACAUUUAUCAAUAGAAAAAAUAAUGAAAUCAAUAGUGUCAAUCAAAAAAAUAAUUCAUCUAAUAUUUGUUAUAUAAAUAAUCGUAUUAAUUAUAAUAUUGAGAAGAAUAGAUAUGAUUAUAUUGAAGAUGACAUAUCAAAAGUAUCAUGUCAUAAGGAAAAUGUUAAUAAUAUAUAUACAAAGAGAAAGAAAAAAGAAGAUAAGAAAAAUGAAUUUUUAAAAAAAAUGAAUAAUUGUUUUGACACAUAUAAAAAUAAUAUAUGUUUUGUAGAAAAUGGUUUAAAUGAAUCAACAAAAAAUUAUGAAGAUAUUUUGAAUAAAAAUAAUUUUUAUUAUGUAAUAUAUAUAUAUAAUAUAAAUAAUGUUUUAAAAUUUACAAAUUAUAUAUAUUCUAUUAAGUUUUUAUAUAGACCAAUAUUAACACAUGUUUAUUAUAAUAAUAUGAACCAUUUGCCAAAUAAGAAACAAAAUAUUUCUAGUGAGAGUUAUUUAAUAGUUCUGGAUGCAUUUUAUAACUUAUUAUGUUUUAAAAUAACAUAUAAAAAUAAAAAUGUUAAUUCAGAUGAAUCCUAUAAUGUACAAAAUAUAUUCGUUUUGCCUUUAAAUAAAGACAACAAUUUUAUAGAACCUCGAUGUUUUUAUUCUAUAUUUGAUAUAUAUCAUUAUAUAUUUGUAAAUUAUGACAAUUCUAUUUAUUUUUUAAAUAUAUAUAAAGAAAAUAAAGAUACAAAUAAUAAUAAUAUAAAUAAUAUAAAUAAUAAUAGUAACAAUGUUGAUAAUUAUUAUUAUAAUUUUCAAUUUACUCCAACUUUUAAUUACCUUAUUGAUAAUCUACAAAUUGUUAAAGAUAGUAAAAUUUCUUCUUAUUAUUCCUUGCCUACUUCAAUAAAAUAUAUGUGGCCUUCUCCAUUUUUUUAUAUAUACCUAUUUUAUCACUAUUGCAUUUAUGUUAUAUAUCAUAUUAAUACAUUAAAAAACAAAAAUCAGAUUAAGAAGAAAAAAUCUUGCCUUCCCAUUUUUUUAAGUAAGGAAAAUUUAAUGAACAAUGCGUUUUUGGGUAAAUCAAGGAACUUAAAUUUUAUGUCUAUACAAAAAAAUAAAAAAAAUAAAAAGAAUAGCAAUGAUAAUAAUUAUAACACUACUUGUAAUGAAACAUCAUAUGAUCCAUAUCAAGAGCAAUCAACUUUUCUUGAUUCGUAUUAUCCUAGCCCAUUUAAGGAGCAUGAAAAAUAUGAUAAAUAUGAUAAAUAUUAUAUGUUUGAAAAUAUUUUAAAAAAUAAACUUAAUGAACAUUCCUUAAAUUAUCAAUCCUUGAUAAAAAUGAAAAGAUUUAUCAGUAUAAACGAUAUGCAAAAUAAUAACUGUAUAACAACCCAAAAUGAUAUUAUUACAUAUAUAGCUAAAUAUUUUUAUUCAUUUUUCGAAUACAUAUUUAUAAAUGAUAAUAUUAAUAUAAAACAUUUUAAUAAACUUUUAAUAGAACAAAUGAUUAAUAUUGAUAACCAACAAAUGAAUAACAAUACAAAUUAUAAUAUUGUUUUAAAAAAAAUGUUUUCUUGGCUAUUUUAUCACAUCAUAAAUAUUGAUGAAAAAGAAAUACGUAAAAUAAAUAAAAGGAUGAACAAAAUAUGUAAAUAUAAUUUUUUCUCUAUUAUUGAAGAAAUAGAAAACCAAAAUGAUGCUUGUUAUAUAUAUUUUACUUCAAGAAGUAAUAUUAAUGUAAUAAGUAUUAGUAAGAGUCACAAUAAAUUUUUUUUUAUGGAAAAUUUAAAAGAACAAUUUCGUUUCUUACAUAGUAAUUACUUUAAUAGUGAUUUACUCAUAUAUAGACAUAUGAAAUUAAAAAAAUACGCAGAUGAAAAGAAUUGUCAUCUAUAUGAUACUUUGCAUAAUAUGGGAGUAUUUGUUCAUAUUAUUUGUAAUCACGUCUUUUCAAUAUGUAAAAAAAAUUUAAAUAACCAAGUAAAAGAAGAAGAUGUAAAUAUAAAUUAUAAUUAUAAUGAGGAUAUAAAUGAAAAUGAACAAAAUAAAAAUGAAAGAGAAAACAAAAAUUAUAAAAAUAUUGAACAACAAAAAAUUGAUGGAAAAGAAAAAAGAAAAAAAAAUAUAGAUACACAUUAUAAUUAUGAUAUUCAAGAACAUAAUAAUUAUUCAGAAAUUUCUUAUGAUAAAAUAAAUUUCAAAAUAACAAAUUAUGUUAUUAUAAUUUUAUCAAAGUUUAUUAAAUUGUAUAGUUCUAUUUAUUCCUAUUCAACAAAAAUGUACCAGCCUAUUUAUGAUAAUAAAAUACAAAAGAGGAAAAUUUGUUAUAUCAUUAUAAAUAUUAUAUCUAAAUAUAUUAGACAUAAUUUAUUUGUAAUUAAUAUGUUAGAUAUGAUUUUAUAUGAAUCCAUAAAUAGAUUAAGCCAUUUAUAUAUUUGUGCUUACAAAAUUGUAUAUAACUUUUUAACAAGUUUAAAUAAAAAUAUGGAUUUUUAUAAUUUAGUUAUAGGGAAUGAUAAUAAAACGAGAAAGCAUGCAAUUAUCGAUAUAACAAUUAUUUUGUUGUAUUCUCUUUUUAUGAGUAAUUCUUAUAAAGAAAGAAAUAAAGAAAUAUUGGAAAGAUUAAUAUGUCAGAAUAUAUUAAAUAUUAAUGAUGAUAGUUAUAGCAAUCCCUUAAAUAAUAAUAAAUUAUAUGAGAAUAUAAGAGAAGAACAAAAUAUAGAGCAUGUUACAUUGCACGAUAUACACGAAAAAAACAAAUCAGAAAUAACUAAAUUAGUUGUGAGUAAUUUUUUUAAUUAUAUAAAUAAUAAUAGUUCUGAUGAACAUAAAUCUAAUUAUAUUCAUAAUAUAGAUAAAACCAAAAUUGAUUUAUUAAAGAAUAAGAAUGUAAAUGAUGAAGAUAUAUAUCAUAUGAGCUUAUAUUUAUUGUUAUUAAAAGAAUAUGAAACAAAUUCAGAAGAUAGCAAUUUAAUAAAUUCUAUUAACUUUGACAUUACAAGUGAUUAUGUAUUCAAAAUAAAUUGUAAUAUAUAUUAUAUAGCUUUAUAUUUAUUAUGCAUAUUAAAAAAAAAAGAUGUAUUUCAUUUGUAUACCUUAUUAAAAAUAUUAAAAUAUUAUUGUAAACAUAACAUUUCAGAAGUAGUUAUAAAUAAUAUAAGAAAAAUGGAUCCUUAUGUUAGUGCAAUAUUAAUAUAUUGUAUAGGUAAUUAUAUACCACAUGAUUUUAUGAAAUUGUGUUUAAAAAAUGAACGUUUUAAUAUAUCCUCUUUAUAUAUGAUAAAUAUACAGAAUUAUAUAGGUAUUUAUGAUAUUAGGAAAUAUUAUUGUAUAUAUUUUUUAUAUUUAAGUUUGAAAUAUAAUAUAAAAUCAUCUCAAAGUUUAUUACAUUAUUUAUCAAUUUUAUUUUAUUCAUUAAUCAAGAAUAAUAAAAAUGUUUUUUUUCAUUGGAAUUAUUAUGAUUUAAAUUUCGACACAUCAAUAAAUGAAUUAAUACCCAACAGUUUAAACAAUUCAGACAAUUAUUUUUAUCUUCUUAUAUGUGCUAAUAAUAUAAAUAAUAUGUUAUCAAAACGAAUUAUAGACAUAGAUAAUUUAAAAGAAUUUUUUCAAAACAUUAAUACAAAUGGAAUAAUAAAAAGAACUGAGCUAAAUAAUAGUGUUGUUAAUAUAGAAAGGAAUCAUAAUAAUAAUAAUAAUAAUAAUAACGAUUAUAUUUUUGAACUGACUGAUAUAGAAGAAAAUAAUGUAUAUAAAAAAAAUGAAUUACAAGUAAAUAAUAAUGAUAUAUAUAAUAUAGAUAUAAAUUUGAAAAGUUUUAAUUACAAAAAUUUUACAAUGAACAAAAUAAUGUAUGAAUUUUUAUAUAAUAAAGAUAUUAUUACAAUAUUAAAAAAAAAUAUUCAUACGUUUAAUGAAUUGUAUACAUGUAACCUCUCUGUAUUUUGUAAAAACCAUUUGGAAAAAAACCAAUUAGAUGAUAAAGAAAAAAAUAAAAAUGAUGAGAAUAUAGAUGAUGCUAAUCUUGACUAUGAAGAAAUAAAAAUUAUAUAUAUGAAAUUUAUUAUAUUAAUCCAAAACAUUAUACGUUAUUAUAUAUAUAAUAUGUUAUGGUUUGAAUUGUAUUAUUUUAUUACCAAUUUAAAAAUGGAUGUCUUAUCUUUUUUCUCACAGUCAUAUAUAUUUAAGUCCAAUUUAUUUCCAAAUAUAUUUUGGGGAAUAUGUCCUAUUGAUGUUUUUCAAGAACAAACAAAUGAAGGGCACUUUUAUUUUUUUAAUAAUGAAUUAGGUAGUAAUAAAUUGGAACAUGUAUAUAAAAAUGAUCAAGAAAAUAAAGAAUCGUGCGAUCACCAUAAAAGUGGUAUAAAAAAUGAAGACUAUAAUAACUACCAGAAGAAUGAAGAAAACCAAAUCAAUAAUAGAAGUAACAAUAAAAAUAAUAAUGAAGAAGAAGAAGAAAAAAAAAAAAAGAAUUUAUCUUACAAAAAAUGUGAAUACCAUGAGUUUGAUAAUAAUUCAAAACAAAAUAUAGACAAAGACACUAAUAAAUAUAAUCAAUAUAUAAAUAAUAUAUUAUACUUAAAAAAUACUUUUCAAAAUAAAGAAAAGGAGGUUGACCAAAACAAUGCAGAAGAUAUUAUUUUUCCAAAUGUAUUUUUUAUUGAUAUUUAUAAAUCUUUUAAAAAACAUUUUAACAUAUUAUAUACCAAAAAAAAAAAAAAAAAAAAAAAUCAAAAAAAUAAAAGUAUAAAUAAAAAUAAAAUCCAAAUGAAAAUAGAAAUGAAAGAAAAUAAUACAGAAGAUGUAAUAAAACAAAAUGAUAAUAUAGAAAAAUUGAAUGAAAAAUAUAGAAGUAAUAUCCUUUCAUAUAAUAUAUAUAAUAAUCAUACAAAUUACCUAUUUCUAGAAACACAUUUUGCACCCUCUGUUUAUAAAUAUAUACCUAUAUAUAAUACGAUAAAAUAUUUAAACUAUAUAUUUAAUGUUUGUAAUAUAAAUAAUUUUAAGUAUUCUAUUCAAAGAGAGUAUAUACAAAAUCAAAUUAAUGUUAGAAUAUAUAAUUAUAUCUGUAAUAAUAUUAUAGAUAUUACACAUAAAUAUAAAGGAGAAAUUUCUAAUAAAAAGAAGGAAAAGAAUAAAAAUAAGAAAACAGAAUUUUCUUCCAUUCUUAAAUCAUUCAAUACACAUAAAAAUGAUAUGUUAUGGUUUUUACUGAGAAUUUUUCUUUUAUUAAAAUUACCUAUACAUUGUUUAGCUUUAAUAUUAUAUUGUAAAAAUUAUAUAUUACUUAAUAUAUUAUUUAAUUGGUUUCCAUAUUUAUAUCAUAUAUUUAAUUAUAUAUUAAAUAUGAACAGUACACAUUUUUUAUACAAAAGAAUGGAAAAUGAUAAAAGCAAAAAUAUGGAUAUUAAUAUAAAUGGAGAAGAACAAAAGGAUAAGAAAAAAAAUAAUUUUAUCAUUAUCAAUAAUGAAUUUAAUAAACAAUUUUGUCAAUAUUGUUAUGAUAAAAUUUUACAUUAUAAGAAAAAUAAUAUUACUCCUUUUACAUAUCAUAUGAUAGAGAAGGUAUAUAAAAAAAAAUUGUCUACAAUUGAAAAAAAAAAUUAUUCUAAUUUAUAUGAUCAUUAUAUAUCUUGUAAUUGUUUAGAUAAUUUAAUAUUUCUAAAGAAAAAAUUAUCAUCUUUGAGAAAAACUAUAUAA